UUCAUAGCUGGAUACCCAAUAGCCAAACUGUUAGAUUUAAUUCUUGGUGAAAAUCAUGGAAUCAUAUAUCGACGUGCAGAAUUGAAAGAAUUGAUCAAGUAUCAUGAAACUUCUACUGAACGUGGAGGUGAUCUUGUUAAGGACAGUGUUACUAUAAUUCGUGGAGCUCUCGAUCUUCAAGAUAAAGUAGUUGAGAGUGCAAUGACACCAAUUGAAAAGGCAUUUAUGAUACCUAUUGACAGUAUGAUGGAUAGGAUUACAAUAAGGGAAAUCUAUUUGACCGGUCAUUCUCGCAUUCCUGUAUAUGAAGGAUCACGUGAACAUAUUUUAGGCGUUUUGCUAGUCAAG